AUGACAGACUUGGUUCAGUUGAAAAACGGUAAGCUGUAUCAUUUAGAACAAAAGGGAACAACUCAAGGCCCUAUUGCACUUUUUGUUCAUGGUCUAGGUGGGAAUUUACACUUUUUCGAUGCUAUCAUCGCCUUGGGAAAAUUGGAAGAAAAUCAUAAUAUCAUUCUAAUUGACUGGGAAGGUCACGGUCUCACACCAAUGUCAAACAAUGAGAAACUCAGUGUCAAUAGUUUGGUAGAAGAUAUUCGUUACUUGUUGGAUUACUUGGAAAUUUCGAAAUCUGUCCCUAUCGUGCUUUUCGGUCAUAGCCUGGGCGGGCUUAUUGCAACCACAUUUGCAGCUUUGGACGAAUACAACGUCGAGAAAUUAAUACUGCUUGGACCCGUACAGGCUCUAGGUGCAGCUGGGCAAGAAGCCAUGCGAGCAAGAGCGCAGUUGGUAGAACGUAAGGGUAUGUCCAGUAUCGUGAAUACAAUCUGUCAAGUAGGAUUGUCGGAGCAAAGUAAGAAUCAAAAUCCUCUUUGUAUCGCUUUUGUUCGACAGUCAAUCAUGUUAACAAACAGCCUAGGGUAUAGCAAUGCCUGUAAAGCUUUGGCUUCUGCACAUGACCCUAAUUAUGGCUCUAUCAAAGCUGCCACGCUUAUUAUAUCUGGAAGUGACGAUAAGACGGCGCCUCCUCCUAGUAUAGCGAAACUCAGCAAAGCCAUAAGCCAGACAACGAAAGUACAUCAGGUGGAGGACAUAGGUCAUUGGCAUGCCAUUGAAAAUCCCGCAGCAGUGUCACAGGCGAUCUGUACUUUCCUCUUUAAUGCUUAA